UCUGAUCGAUAAAUACGAGUUGGACAAUAACUCGAAACUCGAAGGCUGGCGGCGUGGCUGAUUGUUCUCCCCCAUUUUUGACAGUGCAUCUGAAAUAUUGCACUUUCUCACAAAAAUGACUGCUCACGACCAAAUGCGAGCUAUGCUUGACCAGUUGAUGGGAACUGGACGGAAUGGUGAAAAUAACAAAUUUCAAGUGAAGUACUCCGAUCCAAAGGUCUGCAAGAGUUUUUUGCUGGCAUGCUGUCCACAUGAAAUCCUAUCAUCAACACGCAUGGACCUGGGAGAAUGCCCCCAGAUUCACGACUUGGCCUUACGGGCUGACUAUGAGGCUGCGCAAAAGAAGAAGGACCAUUUUUACGAUAUUGAUGCUAUGGAACAUUUACAAAAUUUUAUCGCCGACUGCGACCGCCGUACAGAACAGGCGAAGCAACGACUUGCGGAGACGCAAGAAGAGCUCAGCGCCGAGGUGGCGGCUAAGGCAAACAAUGUUCAUGUUCUCGCCGAGGAGAUUGGUAAAAAAUUAGCGAAAGCCGAGCAACUUGGCGAAGAGGGCUUCGUGGAGGAGUCCAUGAAGCUUAUGGGUGAGAUAGACGAAUUAAGAAAGAAGAAGAAUGAAGCUGAACAGGAAUAUCGUAACAGUAUGCCAGCGUCUAGUUACCAACAGCAAAAACUUCGAGUCUGCGAGGUUUGCAGCGCGUAUCUUGGCAUUCACGAUAACGAUCGUCGAUUGGCUGAUCAUUUCGGCGGGAAGUUGCAUCUUGGAUUCAUCAAGAUACGCGAGAAGUUGGCAGAAUUACAAAAAACCGUUGAGGAGAGACGUAAAGAGAAACGAGAGUCGUUGCUGGAUAGACGCAGAGACAGAGAUCGAGACGAUCGCGACAGAGAUCGCGAUGGUAGACGCGGAGGAUUAGGUUACAGAGACAAAGAUCGUGAUCGUGACCGUGAACGCGAUCGGGACCGUGAUCGUGAACGCGAUCGCGAUCGCGACCGUGAUCGCGAAAGGGAUCGAGAUCGCGAGCGCAGAGACAGGGACAGAAGAAAGUCGCGUUCUCGAAGCCGCAGUCGUGGAAAAAGAUCGAAACGUUCGCGCAGUAGUAGCCGAAGUCGUCGAUCCCGUUCACGUCGUAGUGGGUCCAACGAUCGAAAAAGAUAAAAUUAAUUAUCAUUUCUAAUUAUGCUCAAUCAUUUUUUCUUCGUAUGAAAUUCUCACGUGCUUAUUUGUGCACAUUAAACAUGUAAAGCAGAAGAAAAAGGGAAACACAAAGAAUCGUGCUCGCUG